AUCCAGUUUAUCUUCUUCCUCAGCUUCCCUUCCCCGCCUCCCUCUGUCUCUCGCUUUCUCUCGUCAGCCAGAGCCAGUGAGCUUCGCCGCAGAGCAAAUGGCUUCGCCAUCGGAGUCCUCCGCUGAAGAGACCCAGCAAAAUCACGCGCCCAAGCGCGCCUUCUUCUCGGCGUCGAACAUCCAAACCCCGCUGACGCUUCCCUUGUCGUUCAGACCCGCGGUCAAGCCCCACCACCACCACGACCAUCUCCUCAACCUCGACGCCCUCCGCAAGUCGCUCGCCUCCACGGCCGACGAGUGCCUCAGGUUCCUUCACGCCUUCGCUUCGCGGAGCCCGCUCGUCAGGAAAGUCCUCUCCUUGCACUCCGACUUCCGCAGUAUCUGCCGACAGAUUCACUGCAGGAACUCUAAGAAUGUGAUCUCUCUGUCGGGUCACAACUUCGCCGCGGUUUUGCCUGGUGGUGACUCGGUGGCAGGGCUUGUGGUGGCCAAUGGCAUAUCGAAUUUCCUGAAUAUCUACAACACCCUGUUGGUUGUCAGGCUCGUCUUGACUUGGUUCCCGAAUGCGCCUCCAGCCAUUGUCAGCCCUCUCAGCACCUUGUGCGACCCGUACUUGAACAUAUUCCGUGGAAUCAUACCGCCGCUUGGAGGGACUUUGGACUUGUCUCCAAUCCUGGCAUUUAUCGUCCUAAAUGCCUUCACCAGUACCGCCGCAGCUCUUCCUGCGGAGCUUCCUCCAACAUUAACAUCUCAAGAAAAUGCUGCAUCUUGCAUCAGCUCCGCAACGACUUCUCAGAAGAAAUGGAUGAGACGGGUGCGUGGACACAAGCAAAAGAGCACGGCGAAUCCUUUUUAGGCCAUUUUGUCAGUCGGUCACUGUUUUUGUUCUUUGAUAUUCUUUUUGUAUCCAUAGACAUGGGAAGCUAAGUAUGCUAUAAUCAUGUUAUUCUCUAGA